AUGUCUCACCAGAAGAUCGAGAAGGACCUUGGCGAGCAGCCCAAGAGCCACCGCAUCCGAAUCACCCUGACUAGCCGAAAGGUUCAGUCUCUCGAGAAGGUCAGCGCCGAGCUCAUUGAGCGCGCCCGCAGCAAGGGCCUCACCGUCAAGGGCCCCGUCCGCCUGCCCACCAAGAACCUCAAGAUCACCACCCGCAAGACCCCUUGCGGUGAGGGUUCCAAGACCUGGGAUCUCUACGAGCUCCGCGUCCACAAGCGCCUCAUCGACCUCCACGCCCCCACCGAGGUUGUCAAGUCCGUCAUCGUCAACAUCGAGGCCGGUGUUGAGGUUGAGGUUACCAUUGCCGCUUAA